CACCCAACUCAAGCUCUUUCCCUCUUCAAGAAACAGCUCCAGCUGGGCUUUCCCGGCGGCGUCGAUGAAGCCACCGUCUCCCUGGCGCUCAAGGCCUGUGAUGGAGACCUCGGGCUCUGCCGCCAGCUCCAUGGCUUCGCCAUCUCUUCUGGGUUUGUUUCGUUCACCACGGUUUCGAACUCUCUGAUGAACGCUUAUACUAAAGGUGGGAACUUUGACCGAGCUCUGUACAUUUUCGAGAACUUGGAGCGGCCCGACACCGUUUCUUGGAAUACCGUUCUGUCUGGAUUCCCGGAUAGCGAGGAUGCGUUGAGUUUUGGCGUCAGGAUGAAUUUGAGUGGGGUUGGUUUCGAUGCAGUCACAUACACUACUUUGCUUGCUAUUUGCUUGGACUACGAAGGGUUUCUGUUCGGACUGCAGUUGCAUGGUCUAGUGAUUAAAUUUGGAUUGGAUACUGAACUUUUUGUAGGCAACGCUCUUAUAACUUUGUAUUCGAGACAGGACAUGCUAGAACAUGCCAGGAAGGUGUUUGAUGAAAUUCCCAGUAGGGAUAUAGUUUCGUGGAAUGCGAUGAUAUCAGGCUACACGAAAGAAGGAAGUUAUGGGGUGGAGGCAAUACGUUUGUUUAUUGAAAGCGAGGAAGGCAUGAAGCUUGAUCAUGUCUCAUUUACCAGUGCUGUUUCGGCUUGUGGCUACGAAAGGAAUUGGGAGCUUGGGAGACAGAUUCAUGGCCUGACAAUAAAAGCUGGAUAUGAGAAGCAUGUCUCGGUUGGUAAUGUCUUGAUCUCUAAUUAUUUGAAGUCUGAGACCGUGGAGGAUGCCAAAUUGGUAUUCAUGAACAUGAGCGAACAUAAUGUUGUCUCGUGGACUACAAUGAUCUCCAUGGAUGAAGAUGCCAUGUCUCUUUUCAAUCAGAUGAGAAUGGACGAAGUUUACCCAAAUGAUGUUACAUUUGUUGGACUUCUGCAUUUCAUAACAAAUAACAAUUUGGUCAAAGAAGGUGAAGUGAUUCAUGGAUACUGCUUAAGUACUAGUUUUUGCUCAGAGUUGAAUGUUUCCAACAGCCUCAUCACAAUGUAUGCAAAAUUUGGAACCAUGGGAAAUUCGUUGAAGAUUUUUGAAGAGCUCAACUAUAGAGAAAUCAUAUCUUGGAAUGCUUUGAUAUCUGGGUACACCCAAAAUGGACAGUGCCAGGAAGCGGUCGAGACUUUCUUUUUGGUGACAAAAGAGCUACAGCCUAAUGCAUAUACAUUUGGUAGUGUAUUGAGUGCCAUAGGAGCUGGUGAGGCUAUUUCUCUAAGGCAUGGUCAAAGAUGCCAUUCACAUCUAGCAAAACUCGGACUGAACACUGAUCCAAUUGUUUCAGGUGCUCUUCUUGACAUGUAUGCGAAGCGUGGGAGCAUUUCUGAGUCUCUUAAUGUUUUCCACGAAACUCCUGUAAAGAGCCAAUUUGCAUGGACAGCAAUAAUUUCUGCUUAUGCAAGGCAUGGAGAUUGUGAGUCAGUGAUAAGACUAUUCAAGGAAAUGGAGAAGGAAGGCAUAAAGCCUGACGAAAUAACAUUCCUUUCAGUGCUAUCCGCUUGCAGUAGAAAGGGAAUGGUUGAUAUCGCCAAACUCUUUGACUCGAUGGUCGAGGAGUACUUGAUCGAACCAUUGCCUGAACAUUAUUCAUGCAUGGUGGACAUGUUAGGCCGUGCAGGGAGGUUGAAAGAAGCAGAGGAGCUUGCUAGCCGCAUUCCAGGAGGCCCAGGAUUGUCUGUGCUCCAGAGCUUGCUUGGGUCGUGCAGAGUGCACGGGAACGUUGAGAUGGCAGAGAGGAUUGUGGAUGCUCUGAUGGACAUGGAGCCCACAGAAUCAGGGUAUUACGUGUUGAUGUCGAACUUGUAUGCCGAGAAGGGACUGUGGGAGGAGGCGGCGAGGGUGAGGAAAGGCAUGAGAGAGGGAGUGAGGAAGGAAAUAGGGUUCAGCUGGGUGGACGUGGGUGAUCCUGAUGGUUCGUUGUGCUCGCACGGGUUCUCAUCAGGUGACAUGUCACACCCUCGGUCGGAGGAUAUAUUCAGGAUGGUGGAGUGCCUGGGAUCGGAAAUGCAGUUCUUGAGAGAGAGACAGAGACGGGGAGAGACUGAGAGGAUGUUUGCAAUGUGAUUUCAUCAACUCACUCGAUGCGCACAGGUAAAUUUUCAUCGAACUGGAUGAUGGAUGAUAAAGACUGAGCACCACUGCUUCAUAUCAAUCGGUCGCGCGGUGAGAAACAUGGAAGAAAGCAAGAUUUUGGAAGGAAAUGCGUUUAUCUUUACUCGCUGAGGAAAAAUUCAGUUUCAGUUUCCAUGUCCAGCAGAAGCUGAUGACACCACGACACAUCUUUUGAGGGGCCGAUGAGAAAUGAUUUCUUGCUUAGAGAUGGCAAAAACUUGGCGUUAGAUAUCACUAGUCUUUGCUUUUCAUUGUUUGAGCAAUGGAAUGCUCUACAUUAUUCUUUGACUAUACGGAAUUUUUCAUACAUAGUAAACAUUGAAUAACCAUUUUUCGACCA